AUGAAGAAAGAAGAUCGAGUCAGUGGGCCAUUAAACGAGGUCGAAAUUGAAGAAAGCAAGACUGAAAUGAUCAAAGAGACACAGAGAAGAUAUUUUGCAGAAGAGUAUGAUAAACUUAGUAAGAAUCAGAAAGUAGGAAUUUCCAGCAAACUGAUCAAACUGAAUCCAAGAUUAGACACCGAAAGGGUGAUAAGAAGUGACAGUAGACUAAAGUACUCUGACUUUCUUCCAUAUGACACAAAAUAUCCUGUGUUACUACCCAGAAAGAGUCCAGUUACAGAGUUAAUUGUGAAAGAUGCCCAUGAAAAGAACAAUCAUAGCGGAACAAACCAAACACUCUCUGAUCUGUCAGUGAAAUACUGGAUUGUAGCUGCUAGAGAACAAAUAAGAGACUGGGAAAACAAGUGUUCUGAAUGCAAACGGAGGAAAGGCCAUCCAAAGGAUCAAAUCAUGGCACCUCUACCAAAAGUGAGAACAAGAGUAACCAUGCGUGCAUUUAGUAAUGUCGCAGUAGACUUUGGUGGUCCAUACAUUACAAUCCAGGUAAGGGGAACAAGACGAGCAAAGAGAUAUCUCUGUCUAUUUACAUGCUUAUCAACACGGGCAGUGCACCUAGAAAUAGCCUUUGGUCUCGACACAAACGCAUUCUUGAAUGCAUUCUACAGAAUGGUGAAUAGGAGAGGUUUACCAGUUUCAGUGUAUUCUGACAAUGGCACUAACUUUGUCGGGGCAGAUAAAGAACUAAGAGAACUAGUGCAGAAUGUUGACAAAGACAAAAUCAAAGAAAGUGCUGCUAACCGAGGAAUACAGUGGUUUUUCAACCCUCCUGCGGCGCCACACUGGGGUGGCGUUCAUGAAAUAAUGAUUAAAUCAGCAAAACGAGCAAUAUCAGCAAUCUUGACCUCAGCUGAUAUAUCUGAUGAAGAGCUCAUCACAGCUUGUACUGGUGCUGAAAGUUUGAUUAAUUCUCGUCCACUAACGUACCAGCCUGCAAAUGUUGAUGAUUGCACACCGCUUACUCCUAACCAUUUCCUGUUUGGACAAGUUGGAGGUCAAUUUGCUCCAGACUCAGUUGACAACACAGAUUAUAGCCCAAUUAAACGCUGGAGACGUGUACAAGAACUCGUGAAACACUUCUGGAAACGUUGGUUGCGAGAGUUUCUGCCAAUGCUUGCUGGCAGAAAGAAGUGGUUUCAACAACACAGAGACUUUAGGAUAGGAGACGUUGUUCUUGUUGUCGAUCCUGAGCAGCCUAGAGGUCGAUGGCCGCUUGGUAGAAUAGUGGAGAUUUUCCCAGGAGCUGAUGGUCAUGUUCGCGCUGUCAGUGUUCGUAUUGGACAAUCAGUUUUGAAGAGAUCAAUUACAAGACUUUGUUUAAUUGUGCCAGAGGAAGAAGAUUAG